ACGAUAAAAGCACUAGUCUUUCUGAUCAGCUCCUCCAACAUCAUCGUCAUGCAUCAGUCUAAGGCCCAAAGAAUUUCGUCCUUCAUUUUAUUGGUUGCCACUUUGAUUGCGGCAGAAGAACAGCCUAACUACGCUCCCGAAGCAUCCAAGCCGCCAUACGAGGCAGCAACUCCAGCGAUGCCCCACAGCUUUGCCUGGUCGGUGAAGGACGAAGCGACUAACAACGACUACUCGCAUCAGCAAGAAAGCGAUGGCAAGGUAACCAGCGGAUCCUACCGUGUCGCCAUGCCCGACGGCCGCACUCAGAUAGUCACGUACCGAGCCGACGACAACGGAUACGUUGCCCAAGUCAAGUACGAAGGCGAGGCCAUCUCCAAAUAUCCGGAAUACCGAACUUCAUCUUCCUCGUACGAUAAUAACACGCCAAGUUACUCCGGCGUAGAAACAACCACGGCAUCAAUAAUCCCGGCCCAAAAAGAUUAUAAAGACCUUGAACAAAAUGCCCGUUACGAAUGAAUGAAUAAGCGUCACCUUUUCCUAAACUUGCCCACUCAUUGCUUGUAAAACUAUUUGGCAUAUGUAUUAUAGACGAGGCUGGAUUUCGAAUAAAUGUUUCGAUGGCGUGA